AAGCACCAAUCAAAUUGCCGCUUACAUAAGACGUAAACAAAUAUGGUGCACAAGCAUGGAUGAUUGUAUUUUGUGUUUGGAAAAAUUACCGAAAAAGAACAGAAGAAAUAUUUACAGUGACACGUUUUUUGUAAAGAAACAGUUUAAUGAGGUAUUGGGUUUUGUACCCGAACAGCGAACGCAUUCAUCGCCCCAAUACACUUGCUACAGGUGUUUUAACAAACUGAAUAAGCUAUGCAAGAUUGAAUAUGAAUUAGAAAACAAAUUAUCAGUCCUUAAAAGAGAAAAAUGUGACAUUAUCAAUGAACUUAGACCAAGUCGGAAUGUUUUAUUGUCUCCAGCAAAGAAAGUCCCCUCGGUCAAUUUUGGCGGUGCCUCUAGUUCCAUCCAAACUCCAAGGAAGUUAACAAAACGUGUCAUCUUAAGGACUCCAACACCACGCAAAAAUAAGAAAGUCUUUCGAGAUGCACAGCAAAAUAUUAAAAAAAACAGUAAGGAAAAGACUAGCAGACGAUCAGCUGACACCAAGCAAAGUAAAGGUGCAUUUUAGAGGAAAAAAUGAUUCAAAAGUAAGGACACGCUUUAUUAAAGACAGUCCUUGGGUGGCAGUAUUAAAAUCCCUGUUUAAGAGUGUAUGUGAAGAGCUGAAAGAGAAAGCACCAAUGCUGUAUGAUGUACUUCAAACAGUUACCAAGAAGAAAAAUGAUUGCCGAUUAUCUGUUGCUGCAUCAGUUUUGCUUUGGAACAGAAAUAAGCACAUGUCACAACUACAUCACAUCAUUGGGCAGAUUCUAGAUCAUGGAGGUGCAACAGAUGAGACUAUUCAAACUCUUUCGGAAAUGGGAUUGUCCAUUGGGCCACAGUAAGUCUCAAUUAAGAGAGGAAAACUUGUCCUAAUAUAUAAAGAGAAGCUAAAUGAUAUUUUCCAGAAACAGAUUGAUCAGACUGUUUUGAAGCAUUGCAUAUCAUUAAGCAAGAGUGCAGAAAAAUCCAUUUUGGAGUAUGAACCAGAGCCGGCAUAAAAAACAGAAUCAGGUACAUCUGAUAUUCAGUAUUUUGAUUUCGUCAAUUCCUUUAAGACAUCCCAAACAAAUCAGUCCUUUACGAGCCCAUCUGAGCAUUCUUGCUUGACAAUAUCAAGCAAUGAUUAUGAGAUGAGAAAGAAAAUGUUUAUCGAUGUCUAAAGCCAAAACACUUUACCCGAGUCAGCGCAGGUACAUGUAUUACGUAAUCCAACCACAGAGGUGAAAUCACUGACUUUGAACACCAAACUUGGCAGUAUAGAGUUUCCAAGUUUACCAUCAAGACCACUGAAGCAUUUUCAGUUAGAAGAACCGGUCAAUGUAAUUGCCAAGCAUGAUAGAAGUAGCAUGAUUUUGAAAGACUUUAUAACAAGAAAUGCUAAUCAGAUGUCACCCACUAUACCAAGGUUUGAAAUCAUUGGAGACAAC